UUUGGUUGCUAACUGGUGAGCGUGCCGUAACUCCCGUAAAAAGUUGCGGAUUCCAUUCUGAGAAACGGUAUUAUAAACACUUCAAAAUUAUGCCUCCAAAGAAGAAAGGAAAGGGAAAGAAGGGCAAGAAGAAAGGGAAGAAGAAGAAUGAUGGAGAGUUGACCAUUGAGGAUAAAUACAAGAAGACAAUGCUUGAGAUAGAUGCCUUGAAAGAUCAUUUAGCGAAUAGGAAGGAGAUUGCUCGCCGCUCCCAGGCCCAGUCAGAAGAAUGGAAGGGACGCAUGAAGGAUGCAGAAGGAGACGUGGAGCAGCAAAAAUCGGACCAAAAAGAUGUCAUGGCUGACAUGACUCGUCAGUACAAGACAAAACAAACUGAAAUGGAUGCUCAUGUAAGGAGAUUAGAAGUGGAGCUGCAGAAGGUCACAAGUUCAUUAACAAAAACCACAGAAGAACUGAAGGCAACAACGGCAGAGAAAGAAAGGAUAACCAAAGAGAAAAAUGAGACGAUUGGAGAGUUGGAGGAGAAGAUCAAGACAAUGGAAUAUUCCUAUGAAAAUAUGCUGGAGGAAGCCAUGGACAAUAUGGUCGAAAAGCUCAACGAUGCCAAGAUACGCUGGAUGGAUGAAUCCAAGACUAUUCACAUGCAACACAAACAAAAACUAUUAGAGUUUGGUUUGAAUCCAUUAGAUAUAUGAAUGUUUAUUUAGUGCCAUUUUUCUCAAAAUACUCUGUAUGUUAAUCAGGGUUCUAGCUACGAGCAGUUUAGUGCUAAGAAAAACUUGAAGCUGCGAAGCGGACAUUUUACAAUGAAAUAAUUUUUGCUUGAGAUCUAUUGUGUCUUUGGCAAAAUAAUGCAUGCCAGAUUUGCAUGUGUGAAAAAACUAUGAAAAACUAUGCUAGCUUGAAAUGUGAUCAAAUUGGUACAUAUUCAGCAAAUUUUAAUUCUAUUUUACAGAACAUUUGUGCCGGGUGGUGCAUCCAAUUUUAACCCAAGAGCCAAGCGGUAAUUUGCCUUGUCGGCUUGGCAUGGCUAGAACCCUGAUGUUAAUACUAUUAACAUAAACAUAGCUUUGUCACAACCUUUACACCAUUAUAUCCAAAAUCUCCUACCCCAUCCCUCAACAAAAAAUACAUGGCACUACUUAUUUUGUGGAAAAGGGAUUUUCCAUGAUUUUUCUUUGUCUAAUAUUGCAAUUUUCACAGCAAAAUGUGAGAAUUCUCGGUGGUGGGGAGGGGGUUAAUGUAAUACACCAUUUCGGUCCUCAAAUACACUGUACAAGGGUAGUGAUGUGGCACAAAUUGCAUUUCAGGGAGAAUUGACAUGUGCAUUAUGUGGAUAUAAUAGGCCACAAGAGGCACGGGUAUACGCCUUAUGUCAUCAUUGCACAGUUAUUUAUAAAGAAGAGACCGUUUAUUAGUUAACCUAAUCAUGAACAAAAAAAUGAUCGAUUCAUGAUAAAAGAAUGUGGAUGGCAGAGGCAAAAUAUUGUUCGUAAUAUAGAGAGAUUAGAUAACUUUCAGAUUACUGUUUGAAGGUGAUUUUAGCAGGGUAUUAUCUUACUUGGGUAAGGACAAUUUAGAAAUACCUGUACCACACCUGGCCAAGUGCCAUUAUCAAAUUAUUUUUUAAAAUGUAGAAAAACUUUGUUUCAGCAGUGCAUGGAAUAUUGAAUUAUUAAACAUACUGGGAUCGAUGCAUAGUGGAAUGGCGGAAUCAAUGUACAGGGUAAAUUGUUACAAUGCAAACAAUAUUGGACUUUAUAAAAAAAAAACCUUGAUAUCAUAUUUCACAUAUAUUUGAUAUAAAUUCAUAUAAAUGUACAUUCGAUAGUCAAAAUAUUUUUCUAUUUACCAUUAAAUCAUGUUUGUAAUUAUUGAUGAAAUCUAUUUUGGAACAAAUGAAAUUAUGAUAUGCAAAUAGUAUUUAGUAAUAUUAUUAUACACCUUGAACAAAUGACUGAGAGAUCUCCUUCCAUAAUGAAUUUUUAUGCAUUUUUAUUUUCUCAGGUUUAGAUUAUAAAAUGAAAGGUGAAUCGAAUAAAGUAUUAAGUGAUGCAAAUGCUUGGGGUAUAUUCUCACAACAAAACCCAGAUUCAUUCCCAGAUUAAAGGAGAAUUUGGAUUCACACUUCCAUGGAAUACACGUUUCAUCUUCCAUCUUUAACAUUUGUGAUAAAAAUAAUCAAACAAAGAAUAAAUUGAUAUCGAUUUUAUACUCAUAUAUUUUUAUUCAUAUCAAUAUUAUGAACAAUUUUGCAAAGCAGGAAUGAAACAAUUGCUUGCUUUGUGAAUCCAUCAAGGCACUGUGAUCCAAAUUCAAUUCUAGCAUACUGUCCUCCACCCAUACAUGACAAAUGGGCACAGCAUUUUUUUAAUUCAAAAUUGAAUUAUACUGUAAGAAAUGUGGGAAAUCAUAUCACGCAGACAAUAUGAUAAUGAGAAGAGUCCUGUUUCAAGUUACAGGGAUACACCAUCUAUAUCUUGACUAAAAGGUAUGGAGCGUUGUGGCCCAGUGGAUUAGUCUUCGGACUUUGAAACAGAGGGUCGUGGGUUCGAAUCCCAGCCAUGGCGUAAUUUCCUUCAGCAAGAAACUGAUCCACAGUGUGCUGCACUCAACCCAGGUGAGGUAAAUGGGUACCGGUAGGAAGUAAUUCCUUAAAAAGCUGUGUGCGCUAUGAACGCCUAGCUUAGCCGGGUAAUAUAGGAGCGCCUUGAGCACCUAACAAGGUGGAUAUGUGCGCAAUAUAAAUACCCUAUAUUAUUAUUAAAAACCCAUGAAAAAUUCCUCAAUAUCUCAAAAUGUCAGUUAUGCCCUUUAGUCAUGGUCCGGAGGUGUGUGUAUUUUUAUAAUAAUCUGUGGUUCGAUUGUUCUUUGCCUACAGGUAUUUUUUCAAUGCUCCUCAUGCAGCCAUUGUAAUUUAUAUUGUAGAUCAAUGAUAUGUAAAAUUUAUUUGUAUUUAUGUAGAUUGUAUAUAUUUAUAUUAAAAUGAAAAAGAAAAUAGGAUAGGCCUUCUUUGUUCAUUCAUUGCAGAAUAUUUUUAUAUACUAAUGAAUAGGAUUAUUCUCAGUUUGUCAUACUUUUUAUCCACUUCCCCUUUCUCCAUCGCUUUGCCUCUCUCAAACCUACCCCUCUCUGUAUCUACCCUUCUUUCGUCUCCUCUAUAUCUGUCUCUACUUUUCUACCCCCCCCCCCUCUUUCUCUCCCACACUUUAACCAUCUCACUCACAUGAAGUAACUUUAGUCACUUUCUCCUCUUUAUUUCUUGCUCUUCUCCAUUGUAUUCUCCUUUGUAUACUACUCCCUGAUCAGCUCCAUGACAAUUACUCCAGUGGAAAAUCUGCACGUUAAGCCAAACAUAAAACCUAACCUCCAAAACUAAAUAAAUCCUAAUACUUAUCUUCACAUUCUUCUGAAUCAAAAACUUUAUUAAAUCCUAACUCUAAUCCUAUGCCCUCUGAGAUAUUAAGACUGGAGCAAUUGCCACAGGAGCAUAUGUGUCACCCCCUGGUCACACUGCUUACAUCAUUGAA